AUGUCGCAACCAACAAAGAAGCGGAAAGUCGCAGCAACGGCCGUCGUCGGCCCCGCCGUCUUGGACGAGACGGCAAACGUGCCUGCCCUUGUGUCCUUCCCAGACUAUCCUACUGAUCCAAAAUCUGUGAAGUUCCAAUCAUUCGUUGCUGGUCAACCGGAGGCAGGCCGAAAGAGAAGACGUAUUAUUGUGGGAGAAAACCAAAAGUUGGAAUAUGUGGGAAGCAAUACAGCUGGCAAAGCAUACUGCCGCUAUAUCGUUGGGGUAUUCGACAAGAACACGAAAAAGUUGACCCUUAAAGAGGCAGACGUCUUCCACCUCUCGACAACAGUAAAGACGUUGAAGCGCCAUGAAUCGAAGCACAUUGGCGAGAAGAAUUGGAUAGCGAGGAAUGCUUUGGGAGAGGCUUUUGGAACGAAGAAGCGGAAGCAGGCUAUCAGGGCUUUGGAGAAGAAUCAAGUGGACGUUGGUGGUUUGUCGAGCGUCGCGGAUGUGAUCAAAACUGCGAUCGAUGAGAAGACCGCAUCUAUGCCCACACGCGAGGAAAUGCGAGAAGCAGCGAAACAGGACCGAGGAAUACCGCCUUACGACCCUGAUGCAAAAACGCCGGCGGAAGUGUACGAUAUCAACCAACUAUGCAGUCCCGGAGAGCUCAAAGCUCUCACUUGGAAGCCAAUUUGGAAAGCAGCGAGCUUCGACGAAGCCAAGCAGCUUUUGGCCCCUAUUAGUCCGACUUCCUGGGUAUUGGAGCGCAUCCAUACUCUGCUCCAAGUGAAAACCGACAUCGUCAAGUUUCAAAGGCUUCUCUACCUGGCAUACAUGAUGAAAUUCUACACCCUGAAAGACAAAGCCCUCAACAGUAAAUCCGUAGCUGCAAACAUCGGCAAUGCACCCCAGAUAGUUGCCGACACCUUCAUGCAGCGCUUCACCGAGUACCAGUCGGACGAGGGCCGCACAAAGUACAGGAUAUCCCCGAAACUGAAGGACACUCUGUUAGCGUUCAUCAUUGCCCUGGCACUGAGCUUGAAUGAUUUCAAGUUGGAUUUGAGCCAUUUGGCGGGGGAUAUGGGCAUUGGCCUUACAAGAAUGAACAAGGUCGCGCGCGAGCUCGGAUGUCGAUCGGAGCUCAAGAAAGACGAGACAUCACAACAGCGAAGAUGGGUCUCACUGGUGGUGCCCCUCAGUUUCCCAACGAAGUCACGAUAA